CCCCGUGGAGCCGCUCGGCGGCUCAUGUGCAGCUCGGCGCCGUGAGGAGCGGGGCUGCGGUGCGGGGGAGCCGCCGGGACAAACUUAGCGGUCAGCGGAGCGGCCUCCCCCCGAACGGUGAUCUCUGCCAUCCACUUACAGAACACGCAGAAAUAAAUCGGCGCUUUGAGCAGCAAGGAGAAAUAUUACUCCAAGAAUGAAGCAAUAAAACAUCUCUGCAGAACCGUAUGAUUGAGAACGCAGUUCAACCCUCCUCUGCUGCCGGACAUGCUUUAAUCCUCCAGCCCUACUCACCCACUGUUGCAGUAAUACAGAUGGAUCGUAGCAGAGAGGCAGAAAUGGCACUACGGAGAUCCUCCAGCCCAGGCAAGCUGAGCAAGAACGACAUGGAUGCUGACAAGACCAUGUGCCACAGCUGCUGCAUCUGUGGUAAAAGUUUCCCUUUUCAGAGCUCCUUAUCGCAGCACAUGAGGAAGCAUACAGGUGAGAAGCCCUACAAAUGCCCUUACUGCGAUCAUAGAGCUUCCCAAAAGGGCAACCUGAAGAUCCACAUCCGUAGCCACAGGACAGGCACUUUAAGUCAAGGACAUGAGGUGGAGAUGGGAGAGGCUCAGCUGGGCGAGAUGGGAGUGUCGGAGGGCCUUGGUGGCUGCACCAGCCCCACCAAAAGCACGUCUGCCUGCAACAAGAUCUUGAAUGGUAGUGCUCAGUUAGACAGCAGCAAGAUCUUGUUGAGAAGCAGCAAAAAGGACGUCACAGAGGCGACGCCUGCUGAGGAGGAUGGCAAGCUGUCUGCUUACCCGUGCACCUUCUGCAAAAGCAAAUUUGAAAGGAAGAAGGACCUGGAGCAGCACCUACACCAGAUCCACAAACCGUUCAAGUGCAGGCUGUGUAGCUUCAUGACCCUGAGGGAGGAGUCAUUGUUAAGCCACGUGGAGAAGGACCAUGUUACUGCUCAGGUCCCAAAUGGGGAGGCCUACACUGAGAACUGCAAGAGUGAGCUGAGUGCUGGUGAGUUUCCUUGUGAAGUCUGCGGCCAGGCCUUCAGUCAAACCUGGUUCCUGAAAGCUCACAUGAAAAAGCAUAGGGGCUCAUUUGAUCACGGCUGCCACAUUUGUGGCAGAAGAUUCAAAGAGCCCUGGUUUCUCAAAAACCACAUGAAGUCACACGGCCCGAGAUCUGGGAGCAAAAACAAACUGAAAAACGAGCUGGAGCUCAUAGCCACUAUCAAUGAUGUGAUACAGGAGGAGACGAUUGUGACUGGCCUGUCCCUGUAUGAAGUCUGCGCAAAGUGUGGAAAUCUGUUUACAAAUAUGGAAAGCCUAAAAGCGCAUAAUGCUGUGCACUACCAGGCUCAGCGGGGCAGCACUGGGGAUAAAGUCGAGGGCUUAAUCGAUGGGAGCCUGAGCCCCUCAGUAACAAAGCAGUUUUUCUUGCAGUGUCUCAGUCUAAGGCCAUCUGUAGGGAUGGAUAGAGUUACAAGAGGACAGCCUGGAAAAAGAGUAGCUGAGCUGGAUCCAGUCAGUAGCUACCAAGCUUGGCAGCUGGCCACCAAAGGAAAAGUAGCAGAGCCCUCUGAGUAUGUGAAGUAUUUGGGGUGGGACGAGGCCCUGGCGGACGCGGAUGUGACUUAUGACAAAGAUAAGAGGGAGUACAUCCUCGUCAACCAGGAGAAGCGCAAGCGGGAGCAGGAUUCGCCCAGCUCCUCCAGCAACCCCAAGAAGAAGAGCUGUUCCAGCGGGCGCCUGGAGAAGGCCAGCAGCGCCCUGCCAGGGGAGAGCUGCCCGCCCGCCCAGGGUGAUGUGGACUACCGUCCCUCCUCACGGCAGGGCAGGCGGGCCACCCAGAACAAGUCCACCGAGUGCUUCGAGUGCGGCAAGAUCUUCCGCACCUACCACCAAAUGGUGCUGCACUCGCGGGUGCACCGCAAGGAACGGAGGAGCUGCCGCGAAGGUGGGACGGCCGCCCAGCCCGACCGCUAUGGCUCCAGCAGCGAAGAAGGGGACUUGGGUUCCGUCAGCGGGCCCAGCACACCUGACUCCGCGUCUGCUCUGGAGGACUCAGCCACCUCUGGCCUGGGGGAAGAGGGAGCCGAGGAGAGCUCGGAGGAGGGAGCGGCUGACCCCUCGCUAGAUGAAAAGCCAUACCACUGCAGUUUUUCUGAAGAGGAAAUGCCCAUGGUCACAUCUCAGUUGGAGGAAACUACGAAGCUGGGAAGCCACAAUGCCAGAGAAAAUGAGGCCAAUGAAUCUAAACCAGAGAUUCCAGCAUUGAUGUCCACAGUGGAGAGUGUCAUCAAGGAGCCCUUUUCGAAAUACCAGGAUCUGAAAGGUUCUGCAGAUAUAAAGAUGCCAGCAUUUCACCACAGCCAAGGACUUCCUUGCUCCAGUCACUUUGCUGGCUUUGUUUCAGGUGUGGGCCAGACAUCUUCAAACAUGGUCAUGGACUUGAAAACAUCACUUGAAAUGCAAGCUAGUCACUCUAGAGAAAAUUUACUAGACUUACACAGGGAGCAUCCUCUGAUAGAAAAAGGUGCUGAAGCUGAAGAGGCAGCUCCACUUGAUUUGAGUGAAAAAUCAACAAGGGAUAAUUCAUGCAAUAAAAAUUUGAAUAUAUCCUUGCAGGCUGCUUUAAUUAUCUACCCAUGUCCUUUCUGCAGUCACAAGACCUACUACCCUGAGGUCCUGUGGAUGCACAAAAGAAUUUUGCACAAAAUCAGCUGUAACUCAAUGGUACCCCCAUGGGUUCAACAGAAUGGAUUCAAGAGUAUUAAAAACAACCUGGUUUUCCUGGCAAGGAGUGGGCGUACUGGUCCCCCUCCUGUUCUUGGUGGUAAGGAAUGCCAGCCUUUGCCCGUUGCCAGAUUUACACGUACUCAAGUGCCAAGUGCAUUACCAGGGUCCAAAAGCAGUUCUCUUUCUGUUGGGAUGACUGCUAAGUCUGGGAGUAUGCAUCAGUCAAAGGACAGUCAUGCAUUUGGCCACUGUGGUCCUUGCUUAUCAGGUCUGGAUGGGUACAGACAGCCCAAAGUAAACCAUUCACAGGAGCAAUACAGCACAGCAGCACAACAGCCUCCGCUGAAAAAUAAAUAUGAAACAAAUUCCAAACUUAUGCAAAUGGGAGCCUAUAGUGGAAGCAUAACGCCUACUCAGACAGUCAUAUCCAGGCCUAGCAUGCAGCCUACCAACAAUAAACAAGUGGAAAAGUACGUGGUUCCCCAGGGAAGUACUGGUUUUCUCCCUUCAGGUAAGCACUGUGCAUCUGAUUCCAUGAAGGCCAAAUACAACCCACCGCCGCAGUAUCAUCCCCUUUGCAAAAGCGAGCAGUACAUUAAACAUGAAGAGCCAUCGGUGCCUCAGAGGGAGUCUCACAUAAAGGCUGGGAAUGAGAUGAGGACAUUGGCAAACUGCACAGCCGUGACCCGAGCAAGUCCACUGAUGCAGCCCCAGCCUGGUGCAGCAGGAGUCUCCUCGGUUUUACACACCAACAAACAGGAUCUGGGAUCAGAUGGGCAUGAGAAACGUUUGGACAUUUUAAAUAUCUUUAAAACAUACAUUCCAAAGGACCUUGCUUCGUUGUACCAAACCUGUGGUGCCAACAGCCCAGUCCUGGAUCACGCAGGGAUGCUUAGGACACAAACACGCCAAGGAGACUGCGUCUGCAGGGAAUGUGGAAAAUGCUUUAACCAACCCAGUCACCUCAGAACUCAUCAGAGGUCCCACACAGUGGUGUUUGAGUCUAAUGGACUCCGAGGUACUGAAGUUCACACCACCUCCGCAGAUGCCCCAAAACAAGACAGAGAUCACACCGGCGCCGACAUUGCCCACACGCUGCCUCUCCACAAGGGCACCUAGAGCCUCAGCCCAGGAGCCCCCCGCAGCCCCCGCCCCGCCGGCAUCCUGGCGUCCCUGCAGAGCACGGAUCAUCGCCUUGGCCGGCAGCGCUG